AUCGAGACAUUCCUGUCCAUGAUGUCGACAGAAUUCUGGGUCCUUUGGUCAGCACGGUGCCUUGCCGCGUUCAGUUCGACGACACUUUGUCGGUGACGGCCAUGCUGGAAGGUAUUCGGCUAGAGCGUGGUGCAGUGUCCAGCCAUUCCCAUGCCAGUCUGAUUGAUAUCAAGCGAUGGAACGGCAUCGAGGGCGACUUGUUCGAUUCGUUGCUGGUGUACCAGAAUGUCCCCACGGCUAGCUCGAAGGUUCGUCCAGUGGGCCAGCCAAGCAAGACGUUUUCUACCGACCACACGCUUGAGAUCAUCGUGACCCCCGCGGCGGCCGGACUGAGCUGUUGCGCCUUGUACAAACCAAGUGCCAUUCCAAGGGACCAAGUCCAGUGGAUGUUGGAAGAGUUUGACUUCACGUUGAGUCAGAUUUGUUGCAACAAGAGCGGGGACAUGGCUGUGUCUGAGUUGUGGACCAUGAGUCCAGCUCAGACGACAUUGGUUCGAGCUGCCUCGUCAGGGCCAGAGGUGGCGUUGCCGUUCGGACUGCUUCACCACGCCUUUGAAGCUCUAGCCAAGGCGCGUCCUCAUGCUCGAGCUGUGGAGAUUCAGGACCGGUGGCUGUCGUACGGGGAACUCGACGCACUCGCGAACUCGGUGGCCAGUGACCUGGCCCACUUGGGCGUGUGCGUUGGCUCUCGAGUGGCUGUGAUCAUGGACCGUUGUUUGGAGUUUCCCAUUGGAUUGCUUGCGGCGCUCAAAGUGGGUGCUGCCAUGAUGCCAUUGGAUGUGGCCUUUCCCUCUGCUCGCUUGGCAUUCAUGGUGGCAGAUGCUGGUGUGUGCGCUGUGGUCACGACCAGACGAUUCAGUCAAACGAUUGUCGAUUUGAAGUUGGCCGUUGACGUUGUGACUAUUGAUGCUGCAACGCCCAAGUCAGAGUUCGUGCCAUCGGCCUGCCACAUGGCCACCAAGUUGGACGAAGCGUACAUUGUCUACACGUCUGGAUCGACUGGCAAACCCAAAGGCGUUCCCGUUCUGCACCACAGUGCUGUGAACUCGAUGGAGCGCUUUGGUGGAAUCCUUGAAAUCAAGGAGGACUCUAGGGUGUUUCAACUCAUGGCCAUUGGUUUCGAUGGAUUCCAAGCCGACAUGUGGGAGAGUUUAUCGUAUGGUGCGACCUUGGUCAUGAGAAGUGAAGAUGAUGUGUCGGCGCUGUCAACGGCUAGCAACCUGACGUGCACCCCCACUGCGUUGUCCUUGCUGGGCGAACCAAACCAGUAUCCCCAGCUGAAGGUCGUGGCGGUGGCUGGAGAGGCUUGUCCAGUGGCACUCAAGGACUUGUGGGCACCAAGGGUCAAGUUGUUCAAUCUGUACGGUCCGUCUGAGUGUGCGAUCAUGUCCCACGGUACUCGACUGAGCCUGACGGAAUCCAUUGCAAUCGGGUCGGUGCUUCCCAACGUCCAUUGCUACGUGUUGGACGACAACCACCGACAGGUCCCAUUUGGCAUUCUGGGUGAAUUCUACUUGAGCGGCAUUUGCGUGUCGCCAGGCUACAUCAACUUGCCGGAAAUGACGGAAGAGCGAUUCUUGGUGGACCCCUUUGGCCAUGGCCGAAUGUACAAGACAGGGGAUCUGGGUCGUCUGCUGCCCAAUGGCCAAUUCGAAAUCGCUGGCAGACAAGACAGUCAGGUCAAGUUGAAGGGCUACCGCAUCGAGUUGGACGAAGUGGCCAAUGCCAUGAUGCAGCACCCAUCGAUCAAGUCGGCCGCUGCCAUU